AUCAUGGCUGGCACCACGCUAGCAAUGCGCUCCAUGGCCUCUCCCUCCAUCAUGAGGCUGUCGGCCGUCUCGCGCCGCACCAUUGCGACCACUUCCCAGGCCCUCCGCCCGAAGCCGCUUCGGUCCAAUGGCCUGUCUAUCGCACGCGUUGCUCGCCGCGGUUACGCCGAUGCUGCUCCCACUCCUUUGCCGGCGCCCAAGCCCAAGAAGCGUUUCCGCGCUCUGCGCUGGGCCUGGCGUCUGACCUGGCUGAGCGCUCUCGGUCUGACUGGUUGGACGGCCUACAGCAUCUACGAGCUGCGUCAUCCCGAGGAGCAAUUCGAGCCCGAUCCGACGAAGAAGACCCUCGUCAUUCUUGGUACCGGCUGGGGUUCCGUCUCCCUGCUGAAGAAGCUCGACACGGAAAACUACAACGUCAUCGUCGUCUCUCCCCGCAACUAUUUCCUGUUCACUCCCCUGCUGCCCUCAUGUACUACCGGUCUGAUCGAGCACCGCUCGAUCAUGGAGCCCAUCCGUAACGUCCUCCGCCAGAAGAAGGCCACCGUCAAGUUCUACGAAGCCGAAGCCACCAAGAUCGACUACGAGAAGCGCGUCGUCCUGAUCAGCGAUGAUUCCGAGAUCAAGGGUGACAUUUCCCACACCGAGGUUCCCUUCGACAUGCUUGUGAUCGGCGUUGGUGCCGAGAACGCGACUUUUGGUAUCCCGGGUGUCCGUGAGCACUCGUGCUUCCUGAAGGAGGUCACUGAUGCUCAGAACAUUCGUAAGCGUAUCAUGGACUGUGUCGAGACCGCCAUGUUCAAGGAUCAGAGCGAGGACGAGGUCAAGCGCCUGCUGCACAUGGUUGUGGUCGGCGGUGGUCCCACUGGUGUCGAGUUCGCCGGUGAACUGCAGGAUUUCUUCAAUGACGACCUGAAGAAGUGGAUUCCCGAGAUCAAGGACAACUUCCACGUUACUCUCGUCGAGGCCCUUCCCAACGUUCUUCCCAUGUUCUCCAAGCAACUGAUUGACUACACCGAAUCGACCUUCAAGGAGGAGGAGAUCACCAUCCGCACCAAGACUAUGGUCAAGAAGGUGACCGAUAAGUUCAUCGAGGCCGAGGUUACCAACCCCGAUGGCAGCAAGUCUCUGGAGACGAUCCCCUACGGUCUGUUGGUCUGGGCCACCGGUAACGCCGUGCGCCCCGUUGUCCGUGACCUGAUGAGCCAGCUCGCCGCCCAGAAGGACUCCCGCCGCGGUCUUGCUGUGAACGAGUACCUGGUUGUCAACGGCACUGAGAACAUCUGGGCCGUCGGUGACUGUGCUAUUACCAACUAUGCUCCUACUGCUCAAGUUGCCGGCCAGGAGGGUGCUUUCCUGGCUCGCCUCUUCAACACCAUGGCCAAGACCGACACCAUUGAGAAGGAGCUCCAGGCCCUGUCCCACGAGCAGUCCCUGGCUAAGACUGAUGAGGACCGCAACCGUGUCUUCGAUGAGAUCCGUGAGCGCCAGAAGCAGCUGCGGAGGACUAAGCAGAUGGGCCCCUUCCAGUACUCCCACCAGGGUAGUCUGGCCUACAUUGGCAAGGAGCGUGCCGUUGCCGAUAUCAGCUGGCUGAGCGGCAACAUUGCCAGCGGUGGUACUCUUACCUACCUCUUCUGGCGCAGCGCCUACCUGAGCAUGUGCUUCAGCUCCCGCAACCGUGUUCUCGUCGCUGUUGACUGGAUCAAGGCCCGUCUCUUCGGCCGUGAUGUCUCCCGGGAGUAAAUACUCCGUUUCAAGCCAUGCCUUUUGUGACCGCCGUCCUCGAUGCGGCUGUCCAUGUCCUAACCUCUUUCAUUGUCUCAACGCACAAACUUACAUGUCUUGUGUUCCGUCUCGAAACGCCACGCCACCUCCAUGCCCUCGUUGCUUCUCUUCCUACCCACCCCUGUGAUAGACAUUUCCAUAACUUGUCCUUGUUUGUGAUGACCUGCCAUUUGGUACCUGCCCACUUCUUCCAUUUUGACUUCUUACUCUGUAUGACCACUGCCACCCCAGAUUCCCAACAUGGGAUGUUCCAGACGCCGCUUGGUCUGGGGAUUGGAGAGGAAAAGCAAUAAUUUGGCCCUCUUUUUUCUCUGUAUCCUGUGAAUUCUAUUUUCCUCCUUUUCUUUGGGUUGUACGCUAUGGGUAUAGAUAGACCAGGUCAUGGUACGUUGUUGUCUGCAACUCGCCAUACUUAUCCAAUGAAUUUUCUUUCUAUAGUGCUGCUCUAUG